CUGGCAAAUGCAUAGCUCGUCUAUAUCAUAAAGAUAUAUAGAUAUAUAGGCGAAAGUCAAUGAUGCAAUCGACCGCGCGAUAUAUUCGAAUUAAGUAAACAUAGUUAAAAAACAUCGUAGGCCCUCAAAAGUUACUAUUGUAACCAAGAUAUAGAUGUAGUAAUUUUAGUAAUAGUAGUUCUUCUUCAUUUUGCUCUCGUUAAAGUCAUUCAUGAUCAACUAAAUUGAAGCCAACAGGUAAACCGCAAACAACAAACUGGUAGAGUUCAUAGGUGUGUAAAGUCCUGAUUACUAACUUUGAGGAGAAGUGUUGUGUGUUGAAGACGAUGAAGCCUCUCCGUCGAGAACAGGCAAAUACCUGUGAAAGGCAGCGGCAGCGACUCGUCACCUCAUCGCCACCGACGCCAGCCUUAUUUACCGAGCGUGUAUUUGUGAAGUGCCUCGUCUUCAAAAAGAAGAAUCACUUGGGCUCUCCGUUUACGUAUUCCCACACGUCGGUUCAAGUCGUAUGAUAAACGUCUGGUUGCACGCGGACUGCCACGUGAAUAACGUGAAUAUUGAGCCGGUUUGCAUUCGGCGUUUGCUACUCCAACGACUGCUGUUAAAAGAAGCGAUAAUAUCUACUACAGCAAUAAAAUCAUUAUCACCAUCAUUAUCCUCAUCAUAACAACAAUCAACCUUGUAAUUUACAAAUCUAGCAGGUUUGUAAGAACAUUAGCAGUGUGGAGGUACUGAAAACAACAAGCGGACAACUCCGCGCGAUCCUUGUUUCUCACGAAACUUGUAUCAACGUCGUUGUCGUUGUUAUCUUCAUCGUCGAUAUCAUGAUCCUCGGUUCGCAGGGGGCAGAUCUGCAAUACGCACAUUGGGGCUUCUGAACCCCCGACCGGUUUCGACCAUCCCGUCUGGGCAAGCGCCGCGCGGCAACAGCUGCAGCAGUGACAGACGCUUGAAGCAAGCUGCAGAGGGGCGGAGAUGUAACAGUCCGGGUUGAAAACUUAAUUCCGUUUCAUAACGCUGGAGUUGUCGGGCCUCUCAUCGGCGGCCGCUACCAAUGCGGCCGUCGGCGAGCUCGCUGUGUCGACCGAAGGGGAGCCGUCAGAUUCGCCCGAAGAAAUGACCGCUUUAAGAUGGUUUGGAGCGGUGGUGGGAGCGUGCAUCAUGCUCACGACGCUGGUCGGAAACAUUCUUGUGCUUGUCGUCGUAUCGAAAUUCCGUCGUUUACGCUCCGCGACGAACAUCCUGCUCGCGUCACUCGCGACAGCCGAUAUUACCGUGGCGCUAUUCGUCAUGCCAUUCACGAUCAUCGUCGAUGUUGUGCGCGAGUGGCGUUUCGGUCGCGUCGCCUGCUACAUGUGGAUAUCGUGUGACGUCAUGUGUUGUACUGCAUCAAUACAACAUCUGUGUUUUGUAUCGCUCGAUCGAUUCUGGGCGGUGACUCGACCGUUACGCUACCGCGCGUGUGUGUCAAAGAAACGUCUAUUCGUUGUCAUCAUCUUUAUCUGGAUUCUGUCGGCGGCGAUUUCGUUCAUUCCAAUUUUCUGCGGCUGGUUCGGCCCCGAAGACCAAUGGGACGACUAUACUUGCGAGCUGGCUGUCAAUCCAACCUAUGCGUUGAUAUCGUCGCUGAUUUCGUUCUACCUACCGUUACCCGUCAUGUUCUACGUGUACGCGCGAAUAUUGGCGGUAGCUGAACGGCAAGCUAGGGAGAUCCGGGUGCUCGAGCGCUCUCUCAUCCAGAGUGGUCAAGGUGGUGAUACCACUCGGCGAAGGAGCCUUCGGCGCCGGUCAAAGCAGCUGCUCAUUGACACGAAGGCGAUCCGCACUCUCGGCAUAGUGAUGGGCGUCUUCAGCGCGUGCUGGCUCCCCUUUUUUAUAAUGUACCUGGUAGCGGCCUUCUGCGAGACCUGCCAACCGCCCUAUGAGGUGCGCACAAGCAUAACAUGGUUAGGCUAUGUGAAUUCGGCGUUCAACCCAGUUAUCUAUGCUUUUCUUAACACCGAAUUUCGAGAGGCGUUCCGUCGAGUACUCGGCUGCUCGAAACGCGAUUCAACCGCUACCGCGGCAUCCAUCGCGGGUUUGGACGUCGAUCACCGCUCUAGCAGUUGCAGUUGCCCUGCACAGGUGACAAAUAAGAUCCCCCGCGUAUCCCCAGCCAGAAGUCCUGACCACCAAGACACUCCCUGGCCGAAUCUCAUCACAGCAGGCCAGCUGGACAGGGCCAAGCAUGACCUUAUUUAGGUGGCAAUAACCUAAUACAAUAUCAUUAUUAACCUUUUCACUUGUAAAACGGUAACAACAGUAACAACGACAGAAAACAGAACAAAGCAUAUGCUACGCUUGUAAACAUUAUACAAGCGAAAAGCUACAGGCGCUAACUUUGAGCAAGUGUGGCUCAUAAUUCAUGACGAUCGUACCGAUGACAUAUUGUCGACAUUUAUUAUAAACUGCCAUAAGCACCAACAACUGAUACGCGUCGCUUUCCAUCAAAAGGCAAGCGUCAAAACAGCUACAGUAAAUCGAACCCAUCGCAGGCCAUUUAAGGACGUGGCAAUGCGUAACGUGACAACAUGUUAUGUAAAGACAAUAUAUUACUGUCUGAAAACAGAAAUUAAUUUUUUUUUUCAAAUAAAAUACACAGCCAUAACGCACUAAUUAGGUCCACUGAAUAGUGGUGUUUUCCACAAUGCGAAUAAUUAACAGCAGCGUUAAUAAGAUCGAAGAAGGCAGGUCAAUGUUUAGGGCGGUGCCCCUUUAAUAGUUGCCGGAAAAUCUUAACAAGGGACCCAUUUGACACACGGUUUUGGCUAGGCUUUUGAAACUAACAGCAUAAAGAUCUGAAUAACGUUUUCUUUUUUUUAACAAAAUGCAGAUCAAGGGUAAAAUAAUUAUCCUGUGUCGUGUUUGUGUUUGCAUUACAACAAACAUUCGGGACCUCCAUUCAUACUCUGCUAGCCGUCCUCGACAAAUCUGACCGGCAGCCAUCGUAACCAUACGAACUCAUUCAAUUGUUGCUCGUUGCCUAUUCUAUGAGCUAUCAGACAAUAAAAGCAAAUACGUGAAGAUCAAAAUGUCUAUAGUCAUAUUGUACGAAGGAUCGCCUGUACUAGAACCACACAGCGCCGUCACCGAUCUCAUUGCGCGCACAUUUUUCGCGUUAUCAUACGUUUCUGCCAAUAGUGAAACGAGCUCCCAAUGCUGUUGAAACUGCGGCGCAUUGUCUAAACGGCUGUGGCAAUGGCAGGAGUUGUUUUUGUCAACAUGUCGCUAGCUGACCGUCUCUAAGCGAGCAUUUUUCCGACGAAAUGAACGAAGUACGAAAAUAACCUCUACAUAGACAUUACAUGGUUACACAUACACACAUACGCACAUGUAUCUACACUCGCCCAUGCUGAUGCUCAAACACUCGAACAUAAACAUCAAUAAACAGUACCAGACACAAUUCGCGAGAGCAUAACAUACACAAGCAUCGCCCCAUAGAACUGCUGCAUCGCCGAGCGAAUGGAUGAUGGGGUACAUCCUUUGAUCGGAGCGGCGUGGAAGAUUAAUGUACUAGAAGAGAAGACGACGACUAUGUAUGGAAAAAGGUGGUGAUUAAAGCAAUGAGGUAUAAGCAGUACCAAGCAUUAGACGGACGACACUCACGUUAUCAUCAAAAUGACUUAUGCUAGGACCAGGUCCAUUGAAGCGGAAAGCUCUGUGAAUAUAUGUAAGGCGAAAAUGAUGUAGGACAAGCAAAGCUCUAGACUUCUAACCGCUGUGACAAUGCCGCUAAUUCGACCACAGUGCUUGGAUGAUUAGCCGGCUGAUAUAUAUCAAAUGGAAAAGCAAAAAAUACAGAGAUCUCUAUUGAUUUGCCGCAGUUCUAAUUCGAAAUAUAAGUAUUAUGUUUUAGGUAGUUUGCGUGGCGCCGGCCUAGAUUUUUGCCCUGCUCACAGAAAACCUUGUCUGUUCACAUUGUGAUUUCAAACGAAGAAUGAAAUUAUACUCAAUAAAGACACACACAUACGGACGCCUACACAUAAAGACAAGCGAAAAUGUUACUACUGAAGAGAUACGCCAUAUUCCCCUUCAGAGCAGCAACCAAUUUCUCUGGUAGAUUAAUAUUACUAGCCAUUUCUGCGUAGGUAGAGAGCCAGGGCAAAAGAAACUAUGGUCGAACAACUCAAAGCAUUUCGCUACUUUGGCAAAUCGAUAUAGAAAGACAUAACAUUUUUACCAUGCCGUUAUGUUUUCAACAGAACUAUUUUGGAUCGCUUCAGAUUGUACAUGAGCAUGUACUAUAGAAUAAUCUGCAUUCUUAAACGCGGAUUCGUAGUAUUGGAUGCUCUUGUCGGAAGGAAACCACGCAAAAGAUGCGGUAAGAGUGUAGAAUAAACGAAAGUGGCUGUUCAGCGCCACGAGAGCCUGAGCGGCGGGACCGUUUUAACUGGUUGUAACAUUAAUGUGUUGUAUAUUUUUUGGAUUCGACCUGAUUUCAGGUCGACGUCCAGAAAACCGACUGGAGAUAGGUCAAUUUGGUUUGUUCGAGUAUGUAAGCUUCCUUUGGUGAGACUUGAUCUCGUUAUACAUUUCGUUCGUAAUGGUCAGCAAUGAAUAAUUCGCAAUAUGUGUUAUUUUUGGAUUUAUAUGACCCCAUGAAACCUGUGCGGAAGAAAAAGGGCAUUUGAGAACAGGAGUGAGCCGGCGAAGUGUGUCCUAGUUUCAGAAGUAACAAGGCGAUGCACAGCUCGAUCGAGUAGCGUGUUAGUGGCCAUUUUUGGUCCCAUACCUGAUAACAUUAUGACGUCAGUGUAAUAGUAAUAAUGAUAAUAUCAUGCCAAAAACUCGACAGCGCUAGAUAUUUCACAAGAAAUACAUACUCUACUUGUAUCGUUAGAACCCACUCGUUCAUCUAAGCUUCCUCGUUCAGAUCUAUAUCCAUGUAUCAUCCGUUUGCCUAUACCCACUGACGUCUGCUUCAUUUUGUCUGCGUUCGCUUGAAGCACCCUAAUCGACAUCUAGUAAUGAUAGUAUCUUUCGGCCUGAACCGUGGAGUACGCAUCGCGGUCGAACCUGAGGCACGUGGCAGUGACGCAUAACCGGACGCGAAUGGCAUUCUUUCGGGAGUGAUCUUAACAAAAAAUAUAUUACAUGGCAGCUAGGACACAGAAAACGUAUAAAAAUGAUACAAUAACCAGUCGAUCUCGUGAUACGUGACGAUCACUACAAGUAACUUCAAUUUAGUCAAUCAAUUUGCUUUGGCAACACAAUAACAAAUAUAAUGUUGUAAUGAGCUGAAACGACAAACACCUAUUAUACUGUUAUAUAUAUAUAUAUUAGUGAAGAUUGAUAAUAGAGGGACUAGAGAGAGAUGGAUUUUGUAUCGAGAAAUCAUGCGUCGUUUUUUCUCACUAAUCUGAGCCAAUCGCGCAAUUUGUUUUAAUCCCGUAAUAGUACUCCUGAUCAAAGUGUCGUUGAACGGUUCGUACGUUGCUGAUAGCGCUCGAUGUUAUUUUUCGUCGUAGGCCUCGAGGUACGGUUAAGCUGUGUCGAGCAAUCCUGUAUACGUAAACACUGACCCUCUUACAUUGUUAAGUUUAUAUUGAAUUCGAAGCAGGCGAAACUGAGCGAAUAACAUAGCAUAGGAAAUGCUGUUUGUUGAUGGUAGUCGGACCCAGAUACAUACGGUAACGAGAAUAACGUUACUUAUAAUAUCUACUAAUCAUAUGAAUAGGGAAGAAAAAGAAGCCAACAACAGUGUCACGAUGGGCAUUACCCUAUCGCCUUCUGCUAAACGCAUUGUGGCUAAGACCCAGUGGGCACCGCAUCUUCAUGCUGUCAACGAACGUCCUAAAAUCGCAGGUGCAAUUAUCCAAGCAUUUAAGCACACCAACAACUUAACUUGUACAUAGAACUAGGAAUCGUUAUCGAUGCGAGAAACAUGAAAGUGACAUUUCCAUGCAUAACUAAUAUGUCAACCAUUUAUAUCUGCUGCAUAAAAACAACGUCAAUCGUUUCGGAUAGCAAUGCCGUAAUAGAUUCGAAUCCGCCGGAAAGAAAACAACUGCGACUAAGGACCGUGACAUUUGCCAUGCAUUCAACAAACAACUUGCCCAUAAGUUAGACUUCAAACUGUUCAAAAGUUCAUGCUGAAUCUACCUUUGCCGUGAAUCAAGGAACUUGCCAUGUAUGUAGAAAUUAUCAACAAGAUUACAUAUAUAUAUAUAUAUAUAUAUACAUUAUUAUUAUAUAUACACAUAUAUAUUGCCAACUGAAUGAACGUCUUCCGUGAUAAGUAUUAAGAUGGACAUAUUUGCUGUAGGGUCCAAAUAGAAUACCCUAUUGAGUGAGCACUGUUUGUUCUCAUCUAAGAAACAAACAUAUCAGCGUUCUCUACUAACAGACUCUUCGUCAGAGCGAAAACAUCUGGCCGUAUCUACAACCAGCUGCCGAAGUGUUACAAAAAGUACAUUUGAAGUAUCAUACAACAUUUGAAGCUCAUACAACAAAAAUAAUAACCACAGCAACAGACUAAGCGUCUGCGUCGUUAAGUCACAUGUGAACCAUAGCGUUGGUGCACUAUUAACUACCCUUUUCAUUUAAUGCAAUAUCGAGACUUGAUUAUUAUUAUACAAUAUCUAUAAAAAGAAAAAAAGGAAAAAAAAGAAAAAAAAACAAGAACACAUCAGAUUAUUCGUGCCAUUCACGUCCGUCAAGCGGUCACUAACCGUCCAGACACGUUUCAAAUGUAGACAGUCACAUUGUUACCUACAGUGCGUAUUUGUUAUUUUUGAUUAAAACAGUUUCUUCAGGUUACCUACUGUUGAUUAGAGAGAAGUUGCAAGCACGGGAAAAGACAAGGAAAUAUAGGACAGUUAUUAUUAGUAACAUAUCCAUCAUCACCUACGUGCUUCAAUGACAAGAAGCAAGCGUUACGGCGCAUCUUCACCAGAAAACUAACUUUGUCCUAAAUGUUGCGUUCUUCAUAAUGAAUGUAUCUACUAGCGAUAUAUUUUUAAUCGCUUCUAAGAGCCGUUGCUAUCAUCAUUGUUUGCCUCCCAGACUACAGUGACAUGGUCCAGUCACAAGGAAGCCUAAAGGGAAUUUGUUGACUUCAGGGGAUUUUGUUAGAGACUAGCUGUCGCCGUUAUCUACGAUAAUCAGUAUAUGUCCACAUGUGCUGAUUGCAGAAUGAAGAUUAUCGUUUGAUACGAAUCGUAAUUGAGGACUUAUACAUGAUUAUACAUUUUUUUUCUUAUUUAAACCAACCAAGAGAGUGCAUCGCCCUACCCUCUGAAUUGGGUUUCGCCCGCACAAAACGCUAGAGGUCGCUACGUACAUCGAUGAACCCGUUCAACAAUACGUAUUCGAGGUGAUUCAAGCUCACGCAACGUUCAAACAAAAUGAAAAGCAUGAAUCAGUCAAAAAAGGGGAAAUGGAUUCAAAAGAAAAGCACGUUCUUCAUAAAAGUUUAUAAAAGAACUCAGUAAUAAAAGAUAAAUGCAUAAAUGGCUUGAUUCUAAAUCGGCUAAGGAGACAAGCUGGCCUCUAACCUUUGGUACCUUAAAGACUCUAGAUGCAGGCAAAGGUCGAACGUAUCGUUAAACACAGUCUCCAACAACUCUUGCCUUUCUCAAGUAGAAACGUCUGCAUUGGUCUGAUUUCAUCCUUGUUGACUCCACAAAACGAACUCGGCUGUUAUCUAGGCUCAACAAAGACCAUGCUCGUAAGCCAUUGAUCAAUUGCACUCUAGAUACGUUAGCCUCUUCAUGAGCUAUACUACGAAGCUAUGCGUUGCGUCGCCAUUCUGCGAAGAACUAGCUAUAAGUGUUGAAGCUCGCGAAACGAUCAAUAUAGAGCCCUACAGGACUAAAUAAUCAAGACGCAAGCUAUCAUUGCCUAUAGUGGUCAACAGCACUGUUGUCAUUGCUAAUCAUCGAUUAUGAAUACGUGUUAGGAGUGAAUAGCCGAACCUCAAUAUGGGUGAUUUUGUGAAGAUAGUCUCGUUAAUGAAGAGCUUGAUAUCAGUACAAUCUGGGCUAAUACCGUUGACACAUUGACACUUGUCCGAAUACUAUCGACAAGACAAAGCCACUGAACAGCUUUAUGACGAAAAAAAAAAAAACGAACCGGAUCCAGCAGUAAUCAUAGAUUGCGUUCCCUUAUCGAUAAUGAUUCGUUUAUCGAUUCCAUUAUAGCAUAGCUAGCCAGAUAUGCCGAUAAGAGCAUACCUCAGAUAUCUAUCCUGUUCCAAAUCUCUUUUUCUGCAUCGACUUCUGCUGAUAGUUCAAUGCAUUUAUUGAUCUGAGCUUCCGACGCAACUGAGUUCAUCGAAUUAGCAGAAAUGAUCAGAAUGUGAAUCGAUAAAUGAACUAAAAGCUGAACAGAAAAUUAAUUUACUUAUAAAUUAAAUGGACAUAAAUAUGUACCUGUUCAGAAGUCUUCGUUCAUAUUGUUGUCCGUCUUCUCCGACGGAAGACAACUAGCUGAUAAACAAACUAUGUAUAAACAAGAGUAAUAAAUACUAAUUAUAGUAAUACAACUAUUGAUGAUUUACUAGCAACUUGCGACAGUUUUCAAUGAAUGGGUGCGAACGGCGUGAAUGCGUUGUAUACGGCAAUGUGCUCAGUGACCAGUUGAUAUGCUUAUUAUCCUUGACGCUAGUAAUUAUUCUUAAUCAUGAUGACGGUGUUGUUAUCAAGAUAAUACAAUAUAUAGCAAUAAUCCAGAGUGACGGAAGGGGGCGUCAUGCAUGACAGCUUCAAACAAUGAAGAUAGAACUGAGGAGUUACGAAGGGUGGAUAAUUAGCGAUAAUUUAUUGCUGUAUUGAUAUCUGACUAGCGACAGAGCAAUCAUAUAAUCUAGUACUACGAAGCCACUGUGGUCCCGCUAUCGGCCAAACGUCGAAUCAACGAUAAGCUAGAGCCGAAAUCAAUUAACAACGAUCUAAUAAAUAGUUUACUAUUGAAAUUUGAACAUUCAUUAAAUGAAGGGGGCUCAUGGCGCAUGAAUAACGAGGUUGACCGCCUCAAUUCUUUACGACAUCAUGCUUAACGGAAAGUCAAUUAAGGGUAUUUAUAGACAUGAUCCCUUAUGGUUGACGAUCCGUUAGAAAGCAAAUACGAACAGAAAGCUCUUUGUGUGACGUACGUCAGAGAGGGAGAAGGUCGCUUGUUCUGGGCUAUGAUAUCGAUAAAACUCGAAGAUGACCAUUUGGUUCAUAAUGACAGGAGUGAGUUAGUAUACCUACUGCUGCUUAUAAUCAAACAUAUUGGUACCGGUAUAAGUUAGGUGGCAGAAUUGACUGCCUGAUCGGUGAUUUCAGAAAACGGACACCUGACAAGACUGAAAACUCAUGCUAGACAUUAGAGGCUGAACUCUGCAGUUACUCGCCAUUGACAAAUGGCCCGACUAAUAGAUUGAAUGACUGUUAUGACCCACGUGAACAACAGGUUUGUUCACGUCAUUACGGUAAUGGUGUGUUUUAAAGAAAGCCGCUUGUUGUGACGAACGUUAUGGAUUGUAUGAAUGUUUGUGUGCCUGUAAGCUUGUACGUACAACAAAUUCAAGGGUCACUAACUGAUGUGGAGGGAAGCUGAAACAGGAAGCACGAAGCGACAAGAAAAAGUCGACAGAAAAUGCAGGAUAUAGGGUAAAAUACGGAGUACUGAAAUUUAACAAACACAGGCCGAGUACACUCUGAAUUUAUUGGCAUAUAAUAAUAGAAAUAAGAGAAAUAAAGUUACAUGACAAUGUGGCCAAAUGCAGAGCAAAUGCUCAGCAGAGUCUGCUGGGAGAGUAGAAGCUCUUCGAUUGUAAGUUACAAACUAUUCAAGCAAGUUUCCGAUAUCGCGAAAGAAGAGUAAAGGCGCGUCUGGCGAACGAAGUGAAUACUUGUCCUAGGUUGACUCAGGCUUGAGUUAUUAAAUAUUAGCCUUAUCCGCCCCGCUCGGAUUAACUAGUAGGUUUCCGAGCGUGGCAAACUAGCUGACUACGUUUCUGACCUAUUCUUUCUGUGUCCUACAUGAGAAAAGAACAUUGCUAGAAAUAAUCUAGCUUUUUAGAUAAUCAACCCAGAUGACUGGAUAACAAUUAAUUACAAAUAGUCAGACAGUCAUGGGCUUUGGUGAAGACUGAUUGAAAAUAGUACGCUGCGUGUAAAAUUAAAAUUGUAAUGAAGUUUGUUUAUUCAGUUUGUUCGAAAGAGUGUGUUUGUUUUCAUUACACAUAAAUCGAUAUACUUCUUCCUGUUUUCAGCGUGUCGCACGCGUCGCGAUACGCUAAACGAAAUCCUACGAUGGUUAUCGGAAUAUGGCUCAUCCUAUCUAGCAAUAUGAUGAGCACUGCGUUAAGGCAAAUUAUACUAGCGGCAACUGACUACGUGUAGAUCAACGCAAUAACUCGAACAACAAGGUGCAACCCCCAGCAAGAGAAUGGGCUUUAGGCUAUAUGGGGCCUUUUAGAUAAAUCCAAUCGAACGGAUAGAAAAUGUGAUCGCAAAAACGAAAAACAAAUUAAAAUAGAUUGAAAAGCUCAGCCCUGAAUAAGAAAAAAGCAUCCCCUUAGAAACGUCUUCUACUUACAAAAGCGGCCAGAAACGGAAGUUUCUAGAAUGCGGCUUUAGGCUUUAUAAUUAAUGUAAUGGUUUGCACACAUCAAAGCCAAGAUGAUAAAGUUAAUGGGCAAAAAAGGGGCUAACAUGAGCACCAGGAGCACAAAUGAUUUUAGCUCAUUUAGAAUGACAAAAAUACGACGCCUUUCAAAGAUCCGAAAGUCAAAAUCGAUGCCAACAACUAGAGGGUAAAUGUAACAGGAAGGAUAACCAAAAGACACCAUACACAUUUGUAGUGUGAGGCAAUGUAAUUCGCUUGUAGGCAUUCUAAGUAACUUGAUUAGAUCUCACUUUUAUUAGGAUGUUUUAGGCGUUCG